AUGCUACUCAUCAAUAUCUGCGGGAGGCUGCUCCUCUUAGUCGUCGCCUUGGUGGCUGCGGCCCCUUCGCCCCGCCAGCUCGAGAUCAGGGAACCCGCAGCGGCUCAGCCCCCUCAAUGCUCUCCCAGUCUUGCCCUCGUCCUUGUUCGGGCGCUCAAAGCCUCCCAGUUCUGCACGAGCUAUCUUCAUCUCACCACUAAGACUGUGUCCAAGACCGCGACUACAAGCACGGCCAUCGUCACGGAAUACAUCGAGACCGUGGUUGAGCAAAACGCGGCUCCUACAGCAUACGCCACCAAGGUCGUCUCCAGCGCUUGCAAUUGCUACGUGACCGCCCCUACCACUACCAUCUACGUACAGACCGUCGUCUCUACCGCCAAGGCCACCUCCACACUCUCCUUCAAGACUACCGUGACCUCUGUGGUCAAGACCAUCACCCAAGGCCCACCGAGGCCCGGUACCUCGACAGUCUUCACCACCGUCCCCGGCGCGACCGACACCGUGACGACCACCACCGUCGUGGACUCCACCGUCCCUGGAACGACCACGCGCACAGAAGUCAUCACUCCUACGGCCUUCGUGUCAGGCCUCCAGUUUAUUCGGACGGGUACCUAUAUGAGCUAUUGUAAGCCGCAGGGCUACCUCGCUGUCCAGUUAGCGCCCGCCGCCCUCUCCUCCGAGGAUACGUUCCAGUUCUGCGCGUCUCUAUGCGCCCAGACAAGUGGGUGUACCCAGAUCUUCGUGGGCACUCCGAAUCCCCAAAACGCUGGUGAACAGGCCCUUUGCUUCAUCGGAGGCGUUGCCCCUGUUGCUCCUCGGCAUCUGGCCGCCCGUGUUCCCGAGCUCAGCAAGACGUACUGGACAGCUAGUGACAUAUCCUGCAACCAAGUGUUAGUAAAUGGGGUUGGGACUUGGUAUGAUAGAUAUUACGGCGCUGUUGCCACCAUGACCGAGGAAUGA